AUGCGGAUCGAAUACAAGCUGAAGGCGAUCGGGGGGCAGCUGUCGUCCAUACCGGGGCUGGCGGGGAUGAUAGAGAGCACGGUGCACGGCGCCAUCGAGAGCACGCUCAUGUGGCCCGAGCGCAUCGUCGUGCCUCUCUGCCCCUCGUUCGACGCUAGUUGUCUGGCAGCACGAUUGGGAACUCUGUGCUCUCGUCCGAGCACAUUGCUGUGCCAGUCGGCCCCGCCUUUGAUUCCAGGUUCCCUGGUGGUAACCGCGUGGAAGGCGGAGGGGCUGAAGAACGUGGAUAUGAUGAGCGUGUCGGACCCCUUUGCCAUUCUCUGGACGCACUGCAAGCACAAGGCCGUCACCCGCACCAUCGACAACGAUCUCAACCCGGUCUGGAACGAAACUUUCGAGCUGCCCGUGGACGACAUCCACACCGCGGAGCUCUUCAUUCAGGUGGAGGACGAGGACAGCUUUGGGACUCAGAACCUGGGGUACGCCAUGUACCCUUUAGUGGGCCUCCUCGAUAAGGACACAGUGCAGACGGUCACGCUCACGCUGCUGCCGAAGCUGAACAACGACCGCAUGCUGGGCAUCGACCAUAAGCUGGGGAGCAUCACUCUGCAGCUGAACAACGACCGCAUGCUGGGCAUGGAUCACAAGCUGGGCUGGGGUGCAUCUCUCUGCAGGCGGUUCAACGACCACAAGCUGGGGUGCAUCACUCUGCAGAUGGUAUACCGCAGCUACACGCCAGAGGAGAAGGUGUUGGUAACGGCAGCGGAGAAGGCUCUAGGCCUCAUGCCCCCCUCGUUCCCCCCACACCCAACCCCCCCGUCAUGCCCUGCCAUAACAGAUGGUAUACCGCAGUUACACGCCAGAGGAGAAGGUGCUGGUAACCGCAGCGGAGAAGGCCCGCGACCCCAAGGCGGGCAGAAGGUAAGAACGGGGAGAAAGAGCGGUGAUGGGGGGUGGGAAGCGGUGGCAGAUAGGCUGGUGGAGUCAACACGAGGGCGGAAGCUUAAGAGGAGCUUUCAGAUGUCGAGGGGGAGUAGGAGGGAGGGAGGGGGAGAGGAGGGGGAGGAUGAGGAGGAGGAGGAAGAGGAGGAGGAUGAGGAGGAGGAGGAAGAGGAGGAAGGAUCUGCUCGUGUGGAAAACGGAGAAGGUGAAAGAGGGAUGGCUGGAGGGGCGAGUGUGCGGAAGGAGAAUGUUAGAGCUGGUGGGCUGGGUGCAGUUGACGUUGGGGAAGGUCGGGAGCGGGUAGCUGCAGAGAGGGGAAGUGAGGAGGGGGGAAGUGAGGAGGGGGGAAGUGAGGAGGGGGGAAGUGAGGAGGGGGGAAGUGAGGAGGGGGGAAGUGAGGAGGGGGGAAGUGAGGAGGGGGGAGUGAAUGGAGCAUGCCAUGUCGCAGGGAAGAGAAGCGAGGGGGGCAGUGCAGUGGGGAGGGGGGAGAGAAGUUGGAAGGGUGCAAGUUGGAGGAGGAGGGGAGGCACAGGGCGGAGCAUGGGGUCCCUGGAGGAGGUACAGGGUUCAUUGAAGGAGGUACAGGGCUCAGCCGCGGCACAGGGCUCAUUGAAGGAGGUACAGGGUUCAGCCGCGGCACGAGAAGCGGGCUGGGCAGGAGCAGAAGGGAUUAGACAUGGAGAGCAAACGAUGGGUGGUGCACUUUUGAGUCGAGUCAAAAGUCACCCACAAGGGAUGAGAAAUGGGGAGCGAAAGAUGGGUGGUGGAGAGAGCAAGGCCGGUGGUGGUCUUGAAGGGGAGGGUGGAAGGGACGGGCAGGCGAAUGGGGUGGGUGGUUUGGUGGGGAAGAGAGAUGUGAGGCGGAUACUGCUGGGGGGAAUGCAGGAGAGGAAGGAUGGUUCUUGGAUCGCCCACAAUCGCACUCUCUCUGCUGAUGCUGCUGGUGCUCGCAAUACUGUUUCUUCUUUGUCUGCUGGUGCUGGUGAGGCUGCUUUUGCUGAGGCUGCAUAUGCCUCUGAUGGUUGUGAUGCUGGUAGUGCUGGUGAUGGUGGUGAUGGUGGUGGUGUGUGGAUUGGACAUGGUGGGGAAGGGGGUGGGGUGAGAAGGAGCCACAGUGCCGGUGGGUGGGAUGCGGUGCUGGAAUGUGUGGUGGAGUCGGUGCGAGAGAAAGAGCUCAAGAGGAGCCUGCAAAUGUCGAGGAAAUGGAGGAAGGGGGGUUUAGCAGGAGAGGAGGAUGGGGAGGAGUGGGAGGAAGAGGAGGAGGGGGAAGAGAAGGAUGGAGAAGCGGAGAGGGGAAAUGGGGAUGGAGAAGCGGAGAGGGGAAAUGGGGAUGGAGAAGCGGAGAGGGGAAAUGGGGAUGGAGAAGCGGAGAGGGGAAAUGGGGAUGGAGAAGCGGAGAGGGGAAAUGGGGAUGGAGAAGAGGAUAGGGUGGCCAACGGGCAGAAGAACAAAGAGGAAUUGAGAAGAGGGUUGGAGGGUGGGCAGGCGAGCAAGAUAGGUGGUUUGAUGAGGAGGAUGGAGCUAAGGAAUCUGCUACUGGGGGCCAUGAUGGAGAGAAAGGACAGCCCUCGGGUGGCAGGAGCGGGGAGGGCAAGGGGCUGA